UAAUCGAAAGCGUCCAUGGCUACGGUUGAUAUGUGCGCGCGUCGCAGUUCUAAAAAUGUCCGCCGCAGUGGAAGAACAAAGUAACCGAAGAAUAGAUGUGUUGUCGCGGCCGAAACAGGUCCCGCCUGGAUUUCUAGAGGACCGACGGUCAGUGUACUGGGUAGACUAUGUCCCACCGCGGCCCGGACCGGACAACACCACACAGAUCAUUGCCACACAGAGGGUCCAACAGUUGGCCCAGCACAGAGCCCCACACCCCAGCUGGAAAGGGGACAGAAUCACGCCAGUGUGGGCAGUCUCAGAACAGGCAAAAAACGCCCCAACAACCGAGCGAAUCCUUCAGUUGAGCCGACACAAGACCAUCCAUCUGGACCACAAACUGGAAAGAUCGCCCUACAUGACCGUCGCAGAGAGUGCGAAGAACGCGUCCCCUAGUCAACGUAUAGAGCAGUUGGCUCUACCCAAACCUCGCCAGGACCGGUACGGCGUGUACGAGACGGAAUGGGGACAGUACAAUCCGGUACCAGAAACUGCACUGCGUUCAACCCACACGGAAAGAAUCGAGACCCUGGCCAUGGCAAAAAAUUACCACAAAGACUUCAAGGAUGAACGCCCUGUACAGUGGCUGGUGGAAAACUCUGCCCUCAACGCCAUAGCAACGUUGCGUCUGCAGCAGCUAGCUCGACCGAGGAGUCGGACAAUGAUCAAAGAUGAUUACGAUCCGUACAGAGUCUCGCCGUCUGCUAAACGGGCUCGCUGCACUCCCAGAGUUGAAGAGCUCUGUGUACCCCUGCCCAGGAAAAUAAGAACAAAGAAAAUUUAAAUUUCUAAUUUCUUAAAUCAAAAGACGUUUAAGCAUGAUUUUUGGGGUAAAAAUAAAUAUUAUAGAUAGAUAGGUAAAUUUUAAAAUAUUUGAACUUGUUAAACUGUUAAGUUUGAAUUCUUGUUUUGAGAAAUUGGGGUUUAAAAUAUAUAGCUAGACACUGCUUUA